AAUUGGGAAGUCCUGCGGGCCUGAUUUUGGAUGCCUGUGGGCCGUAGUUUGGGGACCCCUGGUAUAAUGCAAAGCACUGUAAAGGUACAGGUACAGUAAAGCGCUGAAAAAUAAAGACCAUUUUCCAUUUGAAUUAAAUGUGUAUUCUAAAAAGCCUAAUGUAGGUCACAAGUGUUUCUCGGUUGUUUGUGGUCGUCCCUUCUCGGGGUGGGAGGGUUUUUAGAGAGGAUGUACGGUCUAUGUGAGUGCUUUCAGUGUGGAAACAUGAAGCUUCUUAUGAGCUGCCUGCUUCUCGCCCUCCACUGUGCGCCUUCAUCAUGGGGUUCCAACAUGCAUGUGACCCAGAGUGCUGACAUCCGCGUCACGGAGGGCCAAGAUGUCAACAUCACCUGCUACUGGACAGGAAACUUCAACGGAGUUGUGGUCAAGUGGCUGAAAAACAACACCACAGUCCGCUCCAAAGACAUCCAGCAGGAUACAAAGACCACCUUAACCAUCCACAACAUAACAAGAGAGGAGUCGGGGAAAUAUGUAUGCCAGGUCUUUGUGGACAUACCGGCGCUUAAUGUCUGGACUGGGAAUGGUACGCGUGUCACAGUCGAAAACCAAGAGCCCAACUACAGUGGAGGAAGCGGAGAGACUCCCUGGGUGAUUUCCUUGGCCUCGGUGGCUUCAUUGGUCCUCGUCAUGAUUGUUGUUUUCCUCAAACUGGAGCGAAGACAAGAAGCCAGGGUGAUCUACGAGGUACCACACUCCGAUUCAGAUUCCGCCGACAUGGACAAACGCAACAGCGGCUCCUCCGGAGCCUCGUCCCAGUGGUGUCAGGUGGACGUGUACGAAUCCGUGGAUUACUUUGAGCGCGUGGAAAUGAAGCAAAGCGGGUGAGGACCUGCGCUGAAGACAAGUGAUGUUGUUUGUAAAGCCUUGUACGGAAUGCUUUGCUACACCUUUGACGCAUGUAUCAUAUCAUCCUGUUAUGCUGUGUAAACAUGUUUUGUCUGUUCAAAGAGGGGAAAAAAAAACAAAAAAAAAUGGUAUCAGCUGUGAGAAUUUCCGUAUCGCCGAGUGGAAACUGUGUGUCUUUGUGGCCGUGAAUGACGGGUCAAUGACAGGAAGUGCAAACUGUUUGUGACAUUUCAAGUUGUUGCUCUUCUGCACCUUUUUAAACCGUCUUAAAGGAGCAGGCGGGGUCCAAAUAAAUGUGCAUUUAUGGUUAAUAGGGGGGCGCACAUUGCUUAUUUAUUUAAUUUUAAUUCAUAAUUUUUAAGAAUCUAUUUAAAAGGAUCAUAUCUAGGAGCCAAAACACUGCCGGUAAGAUUUAGUCUAGAAAAAAAAUUGACAUAGCAGAAAAAGUUGUAUUGAUUGACAAAUAAUCGAUCAAGCUUUAUUGUAAGUAGACAUACAAACACAUACAGUAUAUACAACUAAGAAAAUACAGUAUAAAAGGCAUUUUCACAUAAUAUUUUAAAAACAGUGCUUGGGCAUAUUCAGUAAUAUAUAUAUAUAUAUAUAUAUAUAUAUAUAUAUAUAUAUAUAUAUAUAUAUAUAUAUAUACACACACACACACACACACACACACACCGCAUUUUUCGGAGUAUAAGUCGCUCCAGAAUAUAAAUCGCUCCAGAGUAUAAGUCGCACCUGCAGAAAACGCAUAAUAAACAAGGAAAAAAACAGAUAUAAGUCGCACUGGAGUAUAAGUUGCAUUUUUUGUGGACAUUUUUUUGAUAAAACGCAACACCAAGAAUAGACGUUUGAAAGGCAAUUUAAAAUAAAUAAAGAAUAGUGAACAACAGGCUGAAUAAGUGUAUGUUACAUGACGCAUAAAUAACCAACUGAGAAGGUGCCUGGUAUGUUAACGUAACAUAUUAUGAUAAGAGUCAUUUAAAUAACUAUAACAUAUAGAACAUGCUAUACGUUUACCAAACAAUCUGUCACUCCAAAUAGCUAAAUACCAUGAAAUCUUAUACUUCUAGUCCAGUGGUUCUUAACCUGGGUUCGAUCGAACCCUAAGGGUUCGGUGAGUCGGCCUCAGGGGUUCGGCGGAGGUCAAUACACACCCGACUCAUUGUAUAAAUACAGACUUCUUCCUAUCGGCGUAUUACGGAUACGGCAACAGCUGACUGAUUUGCAGGUGUCUAAUUUGAGUUUUGUCACUGUGUUGGUUUUGUUGUUUGAACAAGUUAAUGUUCAUGCACGGUUCAUUUUGUGCACCAGUAAAAAAAAAAAUAACAAGGUAUUUAGUGUGGGGAACAUAUUCACCAUUAAUUAGUUGCUUAUUAACAUGCAAAUUAGUAACAUUUUGGAUCUUAACUAGUCAUUAUUAAGGCCUUAUUAUAACCCUAACCCUCUAACCCUGUCCCUAACCCUAACCAAAUAACUCUAAAUUAAGUCUUUAUUACUUAGAAUAUGUUCCCCUAGUGUCCAAAUAACUCUAAAUUGGUCAUGAUCUGUGGUCUGGAUUAUGUUUGUUAUUUUUUGUUAGUUUUUGGACUCUUUUAGUUCCUGUUUGCGCUCCCUUGUUAUGUUUGGUUACCAUGCCGACUUAUGAUCAUUCUGUCAUGACGGGAGGGGAUUCGCAGCUUACUGCGAGGUUUUUUCUCCCGGGAUGCAAAUAGACUAUUCCGGACAGGGCUUGCAGGUAGGAACAUAUGUAUUAACUCGAUAAAUCUUGGCAGGGCAUGAGGUAAACAAACAUAAAUUAUGGCGUGGAACAAACACAAAACUGUGGCAUGAAACAAACAAACAUAAACUAUGGCUUCGAACAAACACGAAACUGUGGCUAGAAAUAAACAAGACUUACGUGGACACGGCAUAAUUCGAGCAACACGAACUGUGGUAUCGCAUGAAAACAAGCAAUGGCGCCAAGCAGACUGACUCGUAAAAACAGGCUUAAAUAAGGGUCUUGAUUAGAAACGUGUGCGCGGUCAAAACACCAGAGGCAGGUGAAAAUACAAACAUUAAAAUAUUUUUUUAUGUUUUGAUGGCAAUAUUCAUAUUUUUACACGUUUUAUUGUUUUGUGUUUCGCGGGUUUUUAUUUUGACUUUUCAUUUUUCACAUUCAUUUCUCUUUUUUUUUUACGGUUUAAAAUGAAUGGCAGGGUGCCUGUGGGCGGGGCUUACAGCAAGUUUACCUGAAGCCGGUCUUACUAGACUUGGGCUUGCAGGUAAAACGCCGUAGAAAAAGAGCGUACGAGCGAGGGGCGCGAAAUCAAGUCGAAGUUUGAUGGUGUUUUUGUGUUGACCUUGCUGUACUGUGAGGAUGUAGUAUAAGUGGUGUACAUAAAUAUAUUAUGCAUUUUUUAAAUGUUCAUUUUUGUUUUGAUAGAGUCGUGAUAUUUGGUGAACAGUACUUUGUGGAGAGAAAAGAAGAGCGACCUUAAAAUGUAAAUAUAGUUAGUUUUAUUCACUUAAAACAAUUAACAGCGGACACACAAAGCUUGAGUAACUUCAAUUUGUGUUAAAAUACGAGACUUUGAGUAUCCUAAUGUUGAGCGAUUUCCGUGCUAUUCUUCCUCUUGACUUCAUGUACGGAACUAUUUUCAGCAUUCGGAAGUAAAGGCUUACAUCUUUUUUCGUUCUGUCUUUAGACGUAAAUAUCCAUCCAUUUUUUACCGCUUGUCCCUUUCGGGGUCGCGGGUCUGGCUGGGUGUUGUUGUAUUGUACUGUCAAAUAUUAUGUUGACUUGUAUACAUUAAAAAACAAUGUACUGAAACUA